AUGAAGCAAUCGACCGUGCAGCAGCACUACAAUGCCGCCCGCCGCAGCAGCAGCUUACGGGGUGGGGGCGGAGUUGCCGGGGGGUCGCCGUUGGACGGCUGCCCCAUCCCACUCGCUGCGGACACGCCCGUAGUCUCCAAGUACCCAGCAGCCGGAUUUUGGUUUCUCGUGCACAGCAUCAGCUGCUGCGUCUGCCUCGUCCUUGGCUUCCGCGUUUCCCGCCUCUUCUUCUUCCUCCUCAUCUCCAACCCCUUCUCCUCGCCAUCCGUCUCCUCCAUUGGGUUUACCACCCUCCCGUUUCCUCCUUCGCGGCCGCCUCCUCCUAAUUUGGGGCAUAAUCAGAGCCUCGGUGGCGCCACCGUCAGGAGCGCCAGCCGAGUGGUUGUGGGCCGCCACGGGAUCCUGAUCCGGCCAUGGCCGCACCCCAAGCCGGAGGAGGUCGCGCGCGCCCACCGAAUCCUGGAGCGGGUUCAGCGGGAGCAGCGUGCUCAGUACGGCGUGAAGAAUCCCCGGCCGAUCGUGGCCGUCACCCCGACAUACGUUCGCACAUUCCAAACCCUCCACCUCACAAGUGUGAUGCAUUCCCUCAUGCUCGUCCCAUAUGAUCUCACUUGGAUCGUCGUCGAAGCUGGCGGGGCCGCCACUGACGAGACAGCGGCCAUUCUUGCACGCUCCAAACUCCGCACCGUUCACGUGGGUUUCCACGCCGCGAUGCCUAUAGAGUGGGCUGAGCGCCACCGCGUGGAGGCCAGAAUGCGCCUACAUGCCCUCAGGUAAUGGACAUCUAGCUCGUAUCCCGGCCAAUUUACCUCAACUUUCGCAGAUGUAGAUUUUGAUGUGACUGGAAAUCAAAACCACAGGAUCAUCAGGGAGAAGAAAAUGGAGGGAUUAGUGGUGUUUAUCGACGACAACAAUGUGCACAGCAUGGAGCUCUUCGAUGAGAUCCAGUCGGUUCAAUGGGUGGGGGCCUUACCCAUUGGAAUUCUCCCCCAUUCCGGCCAUACGGAAGGCGUAGCAACACUGAUUGAGGCAGAUAAAGCUGCUUCAGAGGACCCGCCGCUGCCCAUUCAAGGGCCUUCGUGCAAUUCUUCUGGAGCGUUAGCUGGUUGGCACACAUUUAACGCUCUGCCUUAUGCCAGGAACAUUGCAUCCUAUGUUGGUGACUCGGGAGUUGUGUUGCCAAUAGACCUGGAAUGGGCUGGGUUUGUGCUCAAUGCAAGGCUGUUGUGGAAGGACGCCGAAGGCAGGCCUGACUGGAUUUGGGAUCUGGACAUGAUCGAUGAGAAUAGAGAGGAGACAAAGUGUCCCCUCGUGUUGGUUAAGGACGCAUCCUUUGUCGAGCCACUGGGCAACUGUGGGAAGAAGGUUAUGCUGUGGUGGUUUCGUGUAGAAGCACGGGCAGAUAGCAAGUUCCCACCAGGGUUUGUUUCUUGCAUUCCUUCUCUACUUGCCAAAGUGUUAGACUAGGGCAUUGUUUAUUUGUUUUUAUUUUAAAUCGUUAGAGGUAUUCUGUAAUUAAUCUCCGUCUGACUGGUAUAAUUGCUCACAGAAAUGCUAAAUUAUGCAUCACAUAGACAUUAAUCUGUACUACGUUUCUUGGGCUUGUUACUUGCUGUCCUGUUUGCCUUCUAGAAAGGAGCUUACUCCUUUCUAUUGCUUACUCCUGCUUUUGUCCUGUGCCUAUGUUCGAAGGAACUAAGACAUGAAAUCUGUUUAAAUCAUUACGUCUGAUUAUAUGAGGUUGAUUACAAUCUCGUUGUGCAAUGUAUUUUGAAGUUUUUUUUUGUAUCAGGAUGUAGUGAUGUUCAAAACAUAGAAUAAAAAAAUUAAAAAAUGCAAGUUUUGAAAAGGUUGUUCAUGAUUGGUGAGAUGAUAUUUAUUCUAGUGAUAUUUGUGUAGUUACGAUGAUACCUAGAAAAGAGCACAUUGUGCAUCAAACCAGUCCUCUCGCUCAUCGAAGGCAUAGGGAUGUGAUCUCACUGUAUUCCCGGUGUUUCUAGCAAGACUAGGCGAGUACAUCCUAAAUAAUGGCUAGGCUUAUCUAGAUCUUUCUAACAUUGACAUUCUGAUUGUUUUCUACGCUUACUGUUUGAGGAUAGACCAUUUAUACCAAUAUCAAUAAUCAAUAAAAUGAAAUCUUAGUGGAGGCAUGGUCAUUAUUCACAGCAAUGGUCAAAUUAUUUCUUUAAAAAAAAUCUGAUUUAUUGUUAAAUUCAUUUCCUUAAUGUUUUCUCCUUUUUUCAUGUUGAUUGCAUUCAUAAUACAGUCAUGGCUCGUAUAUUUGUCGGAACCAUUCUUAGAUCUGUAAGAAGCAGAUAAAGUUCUCUGUUAUUUGUUAAAAAAACUAAUGAAUGUGCUCUGGAGUACGACCUUGGUUGGCAAUGAGUAUGAUUCAUGAACCAAUCUAUCUCCCAUUCUUGGCUGCACGAUUACUAUUAUUUGUAAAAGUUUAAAAAUUAUUGGUUUUACUGGCUGGUUAAUGUAGACUACUUCCAAGGCUAUGGUGUCCUUGUAAGAAAGUGGUGCUUGAAUCAGUCAGGAUCUUGUUUCCUGAAAGGAUGAUUGUUUCCUUUCUUUUUCUCCCCUCUCAUCCCUUUAUUUCUGCACCAGCUUUGUAAACUCCUAAUUAUGACAUGACAAAGGGAGACAAUAAAUGAGAAGGGAUGUAGGAAAGGUCUGAGGAAUUCUGGAACUUCUCUAAGAUUUAGUCCAAUGCUUUUAUUCUCUGAUUAGAAUCUGGCCUCAAUGCCCCGAUGGUGGGGGCUACUUGGCCAUGGCCCAUCUUCAAACAUUUGCGCAUAUACUUGACACAGCCAUCCUGGGUGUCAGCAGGGGGUAUCCCAGAGUCAUUAGGGGAAGGAAAAGGGAGGGGAGGGAUUCUGAAUGCAAGCGUCACCAGAACCUCAGAGCACUUGGAGAAGGACUGGGGUGGAGAGAUAUUCUGGAUGAGAGGAGGAAAGCAGAGACCCUGCUUCAUUCUGUCUUUCUUUUUUUUUUCCUUCCACAAAUUCCUUUCGAAAUCUUCUAUGGGUUGUCAGGCAGAAAGCCUAAUCCGUGGCAGAGUGGAUUCUUGAAAAUCUAGUCCUUUUGACAUGCCUAUCAAGUGGCGAAAUAAAGGAGGGAGGAAUUAGGAUCUGUUGAGGACAGGGAUACAUGCCAACUAAUGAUGAUUCCAAGGAACUCAGAGGCUUUGCGCCAUAUCUCUAUUUUUUCCUCUUCUGUAGCUACUAGCUAAUAUUCAACAAAUCAUGGUACUCAUGCUUCCUUUCUACAUCAUAUCUUAUCUUAUAUUACAUGUUUCUUAUCUUGUACCGUAAUUACUAGGGCUCACACAAGGGUGGAACAAUAAAACAUUGGUAGACAAGGACCAAGUGCUGGAUCUAACUGAUCGGUCUCAACCCAGAGGAACUUCAAUACGGAAGUCUUUUUUGGAAUCGGCAUGUUUUCGUUCUUCUAGGCUUUCUAAAAAUUUGUCCAGUUCUAGCCAUGUUUACAGGAGUGAACUGUGAAAAAGUUGCUAGGAAAUUGUAACAUUCACUUAUUUACAGAAAAUAAGUGCAAAUAUGACGAUAGGAAUGCUUUCACUUGAAGUUCGAGGUUUCCACGAAACCUAUAAUUAACCUUCUCUAAAUCUUAAUUUUCUAGAAACAUACUUUGAAAUCGUUAGUGAUUGGUGAUGACUGCAGUGACUAUGUUUGACAUUUUGGGUUAUCAACUCCUAAGUUGACUGGCUUUCAAUGAGUUGCAGUCAGGUUGUUACAAUCUGCGAUGAUUAUAGAUUGAAUGAUCCAUCGGAUAUUACAGCCAAAGAUUGUAUGACCUGUUGUGGACAUGAAAAUACAUAUGUAUGAUCGGUGUGUAUAAUGAUUUUGAUAACAACGCUGAGAAUAUUGUUGGGGGAUAGAACAAGAUUUUCUUCCAUGAAAUCGAAUGUGCUGACAUUAUGUGGGGUGCGAUGGUAGAUUGGAUUUGUAGAAAAUGGGGGAGACCCAAAGAGUGAUGCCGAGGAGGCCUGGAAGGGUAGGCCGUGGAAAAUAAAUUGCGCUCUCCUGGUGGCCCAUAAGGUCCAAAAGGCAUUGUCAUUUCGUAAGGUUUAGAACUAUUUUCGUUUAUAUAGGGCGCCUUAUAUGAUACCAGAUUUUAUUUUUAACUCCUAUUGUUUAGGGGAUUUGAAUUAAUUUUGCCUAUCUAUGGAAGAAUGCACUGUAAACAAAAAACUUUCUUACCAUGAAUUAAUUUGCUCUCUCUGUCUCUCCCCUCCCCCCCCUCCUGCUUGUGGAUUCAUUGGGACGCCGUUUCAGAUCCUUGUGAACUCAGGACGUAAGAUUUCAUUCCUUGUUAAUUCAAGGUUUGAUUUCGUCCCACUUCUACUGGGUCAGGAACAGAAUGAGAUUUUAUUGAAAUGAGUUAGAGAAUAUGCUGCAAAUCACCUGGUGGACGCUUUAAUGAACUCGAGUCUAGUAUAACAGGCUGUUACUCCUCUUCUUGUUUUCUAUUAUAUAAAUAAAUAGACUGUAUAUAAGAAUGUUGUCUUGUUCGAAGCUUGAUUUAUGAAAUCCUGGGAAUGUCAUCUUAUGGUUGAAGGUAACAGAUACGUAGAACAGUUUAGGUUGUUGUGGAUGCGUUUGUUUAAAAAUCCAUCGAUUCUAGAAACGCUGCACCAUGUGAAACGUAGUAAAUAAGAUGCAUAUGCGUUGAAACUGAGAAAGAUGGACAGAACUGUAGGUCAAGACAAUAUUUGUAUGCUGAUUGUGUGAUUUCAAUAUGUGAUCCUCAUUCUACCUCUUAGUUUUGACCAGUAACAAAAUAUAUCAUCAGAUGUUGAACCUUAAAUUGAAAAUAGCGUCAAAAUGCUGAUUCCUUGAAGACUAUGGUCCAACUAGAAGUUUGAAAGAAUGUAUGUUGAACUUGCUUUCUGCCCCUACCAGAAACUCUCGUUUUUGGUUUCUAGCUGUCUUUAUGGAUACUCUCUUGGUUUUGGAAGGUCCAACCGCUGGCUUCUCUCUUGACAUGCAAGUUCCUUCUUCAAAGUUCUGUGCCCCUUAAUUUUCUGCCUCUUCUCUUGUAGAUGGACUGUAGAUCCCCCUCUGGAGGUGACAGUCCCUUGGCAGCGGACUCCAUGGCCGGAGGCCCCUCCUGAGAAGCCAACUCUGGUCGCCAAUGAUCGCUUGCCAAAGCACCAAUCGAAGACCAGCAGAACCUCCAAGUCCCGGCGCAGCUCCCGAAAGAAGAGGCGGCGUGAAGUCACUCAGGAAGUGUGA